AUGGAACCCUUAUCAGAUGAAACAACACUUCCACCGCAUCAUUAUAGGGCAUUUUCAAAUGAAGAACAUACGAAAACGGAACGACCAAAGCUGCAUAAAAGAAGACUAUCAUCAUAUGAUAGGAAUGAUUAUAAAAGAGAAAUGUAUCAUAAAACUUAUCGUCAUUCAGAAUCUUCCAUUAAGCCGGACAAUAACGACACUACCACCGCCAUCGACACCUCUACCGCUACUACUAUUAUCACUUUAGAUAAUACUGUCGGAUUUUCUAGCCAACUUUCUCCUAUCGGUGGAGUUGUUUACAAUGAUAAUGGGCAUGAAACUAGCGGAAAAGAAAUUACUGACGAAUUCUUAUCCAAAGAUUGGAAUACUCCCGUUGCUGCUAGAGGAGAUAAAGAAGAAUAA